UCUCCACACAAGCCCUUCACUUUCUCACCUUCCUCCUCUUAACUGCUUCUUCCCCCUACUCUGUAAAACUACGAGUUUUCCCUGAAAAUGGAGGUAGAAAGCAAGACCAGCUUUGGAGGGAUGGAGAGCAAAAGCAAGGAAGUGAAGGUGGUGACCGGUGGGAAGUUGAGGCCCUUUGACUUGGUUUUGAGGGUGGUGGCCUUGGCUCUGACUCUUGUUGCAGCUGUUCUCUUGGGGCUUGAUAAGCAGACUAAGGUGGUGUCUUUGCAGAUCCUUCCAACCUUGCCUCCCAUGGAUGCUCCGGUCACUGCUAAGUGGCGUUACUUAUCUGCCUUUGUGUACUUUGUGGUCUCAAAUGCCAUAGCAUGUUCCUAUGCGGCACUGUCACUGUUGCUUUCAGUGGGGAACAGCAAGGGAAACAAAGGGUUGGGGUUGGCGAUAACUGUGAUGGACCUAGUGAUGGUGGCGCUGCUCUACUCCAGCACUGGAGCGGCGGGGGCCAUAGGGCUGAUGGGGUAUGAGGGGAACUCGCGCGUCCGCUGGGGCAAGGUCUGCAACGUGUUCGGGAAAUUCUGCAACCAAGUGGCAGUUGCGCUUGGGCUGUCUUUUUUUGGAGGACUGGCUUUUUUCUUGCUGGUUGUGAUGGCGGCUUUCGCCGUCAAUAAAAGGCAUUGAUUGAGUAGAAAUGUAGACGGUAAUGUGGGGUUGGAUCAUGGAAUCGUGGAUGGACGUUGUGUUUUCUUUUGUUUAGUUUGGAUUUGGAUGUUUUAUGAAAAUGUGAAGGGAUGGUGUACUGUGGACUUUCAGGGA